AUGAACGAAAAUGGAUCUCUCUAUAUCGUUGACUUUGGAAAAAAUGAAGUGAGACGAUAUCGAAGAGGAGAAUCGGAAGGAACAGUGGUUGCAGGUGGCAAUGGAAGUGGAUAUCGUUUCACUCAACUCGAUGGCCCACAAUACGUAUUCGUCGAUCGAAAUCAAUCAGUCUAUAUAUCUGAUUGGAAUAAUCAUCGUGUGAUGAAAUGGAUGGAAGGUGCAACACAAGGCAUUAUCGUGGCUGGUGGUGAAGGACAAGGAAAUAGUCUUACAAAAUUGUCAUAUCCUCGAGGAGUCGUUGUCGAUCAAUUAGGCAAUGUCUAUGUGACUGAGACAGGAAAUAAUCGAUUCAUGCGUUGGCCCAAAGGAGCUGCAGAAGCAAGUGUCAUUGUUGGUGGAAACGGUGUAGGAGAACAAUCGAAUCAACUCUAUUGGCCCUUCGGUUUGUCAUUCGAUCGACAUGGCAAUCUCUAUGUCGUCGAUACCAAUAAUCAUCGAGUACAAAAAUUUAACAUUGUCUCAAAUGCUUAAAACACUAUGCGAAUGCUAUUUUUUCUUUGCUUCUCAAUAAAUGCGGUUCGAUUGCUUUAUACUCUCGUUUCUACUGUAUUCACGCACGCGCGCGCAACCUCGAACUAUCUGACAACGUUCCUAGCCAGUGUUUAUACGGCCAAUUCGGAAAACCUGAUAAGGUUUUAUAUAUGGGAAAUUUAAAAAUCUGACUCCAUAAUUACCUAGCCCUACAUAUCUCCUGUAUAAUAAAAAAAACUAUCACUUCCAUAUCGAGUCGCUAUGGAGAAAAACCUGUCCGCGUAAACUGCAUUCACGAAAAAAUUGAUUUUGAGAAAAACAAAAAAUAAGUAUUAGAAAUCGAUUUUACCGAAAAAUCACCUGAUUUAUAUAUCAGUGUUCAAGACAGACUGUAAAUAUAUGAUCUCAAUAUUAAGUUUUAAUAGUUUCAUAGUGUUUAGUAUAAAAAAUACUUUACGAAAUGUUGAUGCAAAGAGAAAGGAGCCUAAAAGAUCAAAAAAAGGUGUGGGUGUGGGUGUGUGGGUGUGGGCGUGAGCGUAGGUGUAGGUAUGGGUGUGGGUGUGUAUAGUCACAUUUUCGGAACCCAACAUCCACCAACAACUACAUUUGCACCCACACUCACACCCUCACCCCACACCCUGGUCUAGGAGUGCACCAAAUCCAGUCAAACCCAAAUCCAAAUCCAAGUCAAACCCAGUCAAACCCAAACAAAGAAUUGGAUUUGGACUUUAUUGGAUUUGGCUUUGGUGCAUGCCUACCCUGGUCAGGAUAGAGAAACAUAGGCAACAGUCGCUACUUUUGGACGCACUUCGCAUAAUGAGUGAUCAUUAUAUAAAGAUAACUUGAGCUCUUGAAGGAAAAAAAUUUCGCUGAAAGUGCUUUCACGAUAUUAACUUUUGCUAUUUUUGGCAUUUAGAGGUGCACCAAAUCCAAAUCCAGCCAAAUCCAAUUCCUGGAUUUGACUGGGUUUGACUGGAGUUGGGAUUUGGAUUUGACAGGGUUUGACUGGAUUUGGAUUUGACCGGAUUUGGAUUUGACUUGAAUUUGGAUUUGACUAUGUAUACCUCCUACGAAGACUGCAUUUUUUCGGCAUCAAAACUCGCCAAAUCUUGUCAGAUCUUCGUGUCCAUUAGAUACAGUUUUCUUCGCUCUAUCCAAUGGUGG